AUGACCCAGAUCCAAAAAUUAGUACAACCCCAACACCCCAAAAACCAACAACCUCAACCAAACCCUAACACCACCACCACCAUCACCCCCUCUGCUUGGAUGUGGAACCCUAGGGAACAACUGCAGCAGGAAGAUGAUGAUGACUCAUGGGAGGUCAGAGCUUUUGCAGAAGACACAAGGAACAUAAUGGGAACCACAUGGCCUCCAAGGUCCUACACCUGCACCUACUGCAGAAGGGAGUUCCGUUCCGCCCAAGCUCUCGGAGGCCAUAUGAACGUCCACCGCCGCGACCGUGCUCGCCUCCACCACCACCUCUUCUCGUCCCACUUCUCCACCCUUCAUCAACAUCCCUCCUCAAGACCUUGUUGCAAAUGCUGGCUUGUGCCUCCUCUACCACUUGCCAUCAAGCCCUAG